CAACACUUUUGACGAAACUACUCUGGUAUUUCUUAAAACCUCUCCUAUCUGGGGGUUCCUUCCACUUCGCAAUAACGAUACAUUUUUUCUUCUCAUUUACCAAACACAAAGAAAUACUAAACAUAAACAACCUGCACCACCAUUUCAAUCGUCAGAAAAAAAGAAGAAAUAUAUACACAUACAUACAAUAAGAAAGAAGAAGAAAUUAAUUUUGGCAAAAUGGGGAGAGGAAGAGUACAACUGAAGAGAAUUGAAAACAAAAUCAAUCGUCAAGUCACUUUUUCAAAGAGACGAUCUGGUUUGCUUAAGAAAGCUCAUGAGAUCUCUGUGCUUUGCGAUGCUGAAGUUGGACUCAUUGUUUUUUCAACUAAAGGAAAACUCUUUGAGUAUUCUACCGACUCUUGCAUGGAAAGGAUUCUUGAAAGGUAUGAAAGGUACUCAUAUGCUGAGAGGCAGCUUAAUGCUACUGAUAUCGAAACCCCGGGGAGCUGGACUUUGGAAUAUGCUAAACUUAAGGCCAGACUUGACGUUUUGCAAAGAAACCAAAAGCAUUAUGCAGGAGAAGAGUUGGACUCAUUGAGUAUGAAAGAGCUUCAAAAUCUGGAACACCAGCUCGAUUCUUCUCUUAAGCAUAUUCGAUCGCGAAAGAACCAAUUGAUGCAUGAAUCCAUUUCUGAGCUGCAAAAGAAGGACAAGGCACUGCAAGAACAAAACAACAAUCUUUCAAAGCAGGUGAAGGAAAGGGAGAAAGAGAUGGCCCAGCAGACUCCGUGGGAGCAACAGAGUCAGGGUCAUCUCAAUUCAUCUUCAUUCGUUUUGCCGCACCCCUUUAACAACCUUCACCUAGGGGAAGCAUACCCAACUGCAGGAGACAAUGGAGAAGUUGAAGGAUCGUCGCGGCAGCAACAACAAAACAGUACUUCUGUGAUGCCGCCAUGGAUGCUUCGCCAUCUCAACGGCUAAAACUUAUGAAGUAUAAGCAAGCGGACAAAAUUAUGCUAUGUUUUGUUAUCUACUAAUUAGAUUGUAUAUGUACUGUGUACAUAUAUAUAUGUUGCGUAUUAGACAAACACAACUUUCAAAUCUAGUUAAUUAAUUGUGUAUUGUGACAUUGUGUAUAUAUAUGGCUGCUGUGUAACAAUAUGCAGAAUAUAAUUAAUGUAGUACUAUAUCAUCCUCACUUUGGAUAUUUUGUCUUUCACUUUCUACUACCAGUAAUAUUUAUUGCUCAUAUUUA